CUGGAUUUGCCUUCGCAGCCCCAGAAGCACAGCCAGCUACAGAUCUAGGAGAGGAAUGACUUCGGAGACGGGAUGUUGGAGUUCAUGGAUAACUGCCCUUCUUUCCAGGAUGACUUUCACUAAAGGGACAUCCAGUCUUGUAACAUACUUGAAGGAAGCUGGGUUUUCUAUGAACAGCCACACUUCUGAGGACAGCAGUACCUUCUGAGGCCUGGCGAAUACCUGCAAUUCACCAACUGGGGUGCCACGACUGCCAAAGUUGGAUCCUUCCAAUCAACAGUGGAUAUUUCCUAA